UCAAGAUCGCCAGCCAAAGCCAUUGCGGAUCGGUGAUGUCUUAGUUAAAACGUUGGAGUCUUCUUUAUCGUGCAAUAAAACAUAGUUUGUCGUUGAAAUAGACUUCCCUUGUUUAUUUGUUUUUUUUUUUCUUUCAGCGAUUUAUGAACUUUGUCCUCUCUCGGUGACCCGGUAAUGUGGGAUUAAAAUGGUCAUCAUAAAGGUUUACGUUGCCUCGUCAAGUGGGUCUGUGGCGGUGAAAAAGCAGCAGCAGGCGGUGGUGGGCUUCUUGGAAGCCAAUCGAAUCCAGUUCCAGGAAGUAGACAUCGCCAUGCUGGAGGAGCAGAGGCUCUGGAUGUAUCGGCACAUCCCUCGGGACAAGCGGCCGGAAAAAGGCAACCCUCUGCCCCCUCAAAUCUUCAAUGAGGAUCGCUACUGUGGGGACUAUGAGGACUUCUUCCAGUCGAAAGAGAACAACACUGUGUUUGCCUUCCUGGGCGUCACUUCUCAAGCCUCUGUCAAAGAUUCCGAGUCUUAGAUGACGGUACUGAACAGAAACGUGAAACCUCCUCCCGUUUCUUCUUAUCGUGGAUGCCAAGUAUGGGACUUCCUCCAAAACGUCUUGUACGUGUUGACAAGAGACUUCAAAAAAGGGACGACUGACAGUCUUGUAAAUUGUUUGUGACCCUGAGCGCUCAGCAGCCACAAUAUUAGGCACACCCGCACCUUUUAAGCAGCAUUCAUUUGCUAUCAUGACAUCCACUUUCAAUUCGAUGUACUAGUAACUAACUUGUAACGGUUUAACACACUAUUAGAGUGGCUGUUUUUCUAUGAAUGUUUUCUUCCAUUGCAUGUGGCACUUUAGAAAUCUCUUUUUCAAUAUAUUUGACAACCUGUUAAAAGCCUUUUUACUAGUAUGCUCUUUGUCCCCACUAGAAUGACAAAGUGUAUCAACUUUUGAAUUUUUCUAGUUAAUGUCGUUCCUCCUAUGUUUCUAUGAAGUACAAUGUUAUGGAGUGACAUUUUUUUAAAAUUAAAAUACACAUUAUAACCGUUUUUGUGAGCUAAAAUUUGUAAAUGGCCUUUUUAAAAUUAAUUUCAAUAGAAAAAUAGGAACCAUUGUAGUAUUAGGUCGCUAGUACAUGUUACUAGGGGUGCAUAAAUGGACUAGUUGACAACAACAGUAUGUUACGAGUACUACCCAUUAAAUUGUAAAAAUCUGGUAGUUAACACCUCCCGUGUCAAUCGUACUAGUAGCACGCGGAUGCUUCAGGUAAAAAGCCUUUUAAGCAUUAAUUCACUCUCAGGGUAAAGGAUUCAUAGAAGGGCAAAAGUGGCACUAGUAGUGUUGAGGGGAAUAACGAGAAAAACUGUGAUUCUUCUACUGUGCUGAAUGGGCUAUUUUUGUGAGAAAAAAGGAACUAAAACGAGGGUUCGAAUUAAUCCUCACGCGACUUUCCAUAGCAGCAUUUUAUCGAGAACUAACAUUCCCAGUAUUUCAUUUCUCUUGUGGCUGAGCAAGGUAAGAAAUACUGGGAAUGGUAGUUCUCGAUAAAAUGCUGCUACGGAAAGUCGCGUGAGCGUUCAUUCGAGCCCUGGUUUCAGUUCCUUUUAAUGUCGCCUUUAGGUUUUCUCAAUUUUCAAUUUUUGUUCUUUUGCUCAAAACUUGCUGAAACUGCAAUUCAGUAAUCGGCCUCGCGAUGAGUCACUCCAUUUCAAUUGUGUUUUCAUCCGAAUGAGAAAGUCCAGAAGAGGCUCCAUUGUUGGCGUAUAAUCUUCAUCAAGGCAGAAUUUUCCCGUUUUGGAUGUCAUUAGAUCAGAUUUAGGUGUGCUUCAUGUUCUGGACGCUAAGCACGGUAACUUUUGUCCAUUUUCACUACUGUGUACAAUGUUUUCCGUGUGCUGUGCCAUCAUGUGAAACACUACUGUGACUUUUAUGACAUUUGUCAGAUUUGCAAGGUAAUAAAGUUCAUGAAUUUACAGCAUCUAA